CGUGUGCGCUUGUGUGUAUUGACACUCGAUACAGGUAAGUUGGUGGCCAAAAGAGGGGCGAAGCGGCGAGUCGCUCGACGUCGUCUUCCCACGCUGUCAACCGGGCAGACGACGUCGAAUUUCGUGUGCGAACGAGCGGCGGCGGUGAGGACGGCCGGACCUUACUGAAUUUUCCUCCCGACAGCACCGAGCGCCGUCGUCGCGAUGAAGAUAACCAAGUCCACCGUCGUCCUCCUGGUCCUGAUACUGAUAUUCGCCAUCCUGGUGGCCAAUAUAGUUGACUUCAUCAGCAUCGACCCUCACCUUCCGGACGAGACCCUGGCGGACGGCAACGGGGAGGCGCAGCCCCCACCAAAGUACUACAGCAUGGAAGAUUCGAGCAACCACCUGAUCUGGUUCCUACAGAUAACCGACAUACAUAUAAGUAUCUUCAGGGAUCCACUCAGAAUAGAGGAGUUCAAAGAGUUUUGCAACGUGACGGUGAAUUCUAUCCAGCCUAGAGUUGUUCUCGCCUCGGGGGACCUGACUGAUGCCAUAGCUGAAAACGCGGUCGGUUCGAAGCAACAGCACCAGGAAUGGCGGAGAUACAGACACAUAAUAGACGAGACUAAUGCCAGCAAGAAAACCCUGUGGCUGGACGUCAGGGGGAAUCACGAUAACUUCGACAUCAUCAAUUUCGACUCCAAAAACAACUAUUACACGCACUACUCUAUUCAGGGGAAGAGGCAUCCCCGAUCUUACAUGUACAAUGUCAACGCUGGCCUCGAAACGAUCUCCUUCAUCGCGAUUGACGCGUGCUUGAAACCGGGCCCCAAGAGGCCAUUCAAUUUCAUCGGUAUUUUAGACCAAGACGAGAUUGACAGGAUACGACAGUUGGUUAACCAGUCGAAGGAGAGCAACGCUGCUCACGCAAUCGUGUUCGGUCAUUAUCCUACGUCGAGCAUAAUAUCGCGAGCCGAUACAAAUAUCUUGAGUAUCUUAGGUAAUCACAGAGAAAAUAUGGUGUAUCUGUGUGGCCACUAUCACACGUUUGGCAGUAUGGUACCCAACAUGUACGCGUUACAAAAGUCGGGCUUCCUCGAGCUGGAACUGGCGGAUUGGAAGCACAACAGAAUGUAUCGCCUCGCGGCAAUAGAUCAUGGCCAAUUCUCAUUCAUUGACAUACAGCACGGUGAUUGGCCCGUAGCGUUAAUCACCAAUCCAAAAAACGUACUAUUUAUGAUGCCGCAAAAAGAAAAUUUGGACACCAUCGUCAGAUCCACGCAUGUCAGAGUACUGGCGUUUUCUACGGCUCCAUUGAAAACUGUCGAGGUUCAAUUGGACAAUGACAUUUGGGAAAAAUGCGACCACGUGGACGGACCUCUCUAUGCAUUGCCGUGGAACUCGACGAGGUACAAGGAGGGUAUCCAUCAGAUAACAGUACGUGUAGUUGACAGUCAAGAUAGACAGAAAGUCGUUUCGCACUCUUUCGCUCUCGACGGAUCGUGGUUAUCCACUUCUAUCCUUCCCAAAUUACUGCUGUUGUUUAACGCAGUUUAUGUCAUUCAAUUCCUGUACAUCGUUGCACUGGCAUUGUCAAUCUUCCCGCUGUGCUUCCUUCGAUUUGUUCAUACGCAUUACAAGAAUAGACGAAUAGAAUUACCGCGGCGACGCCGUCUGAAUUUCUUUCAUUUGUGGCUGAGGAAGUUGUGGGUGCUAUCCUCCGUCGACAGAGUAUUUUUCGGACUGAUGUCGUACACGAUAUGCUUCGCAAUCGGCCCGUGGACCAUAGGAGAGAUAAUUGAGGGUCACAUAGGCGUGAUCUUUGUGUGGGGCACAUUCGUCGGAAACAUGUAUUUACCAGGCGGCUUAACUUACGCUUACGGAUUCUCGCAGCUAAUAAGUUUCCACAUGCCUCUUACACUGAUUUUAGCACACCACGUUGACUGUAGAUUACAGGAUGCCGAAUACUCACGAGUCUCGUCCAAGUUCCAUAGAGCCUGUCGAUUUUAUCCAGUUACGGUCUUGCUCCCGGUGCAACUCCUCCUGACCGUUUUCUUGUAUCUGGAGUAUGGUAUAAUGGCAGUCUUAUUAUGCCCGUUGCGAACGGGAAGUAUUUUGGUAGCAAUAGCAUUGUCCUAUUAUAUUGAAAAGAUGCCGGUCUCGUGCUUGAGGUCUGCCGCAUCCGUGUGGUAUCCCAAUGGAACGAUUGAUAAUAACAAUUCGAGUCGAUAAAAAAAGUAGUAAAAUAACACAAUUAGAAAUUGGCAAUGUUUCAUUGGGGCGAUUACUAAUAGGUUUACAGAGAGAAGUUUUAGGGUACUCUAUUAGAACUGAUAUUUUAUAUAGACCUAUCGUGAUACGCGGAAGCCAACUACAUUAAAAAGAAAUUGGUUAUGAAAGAUAAUCGAAUUAUUUUUCUAUGUCGUAUUAAGAGAGAGACUCUUGUAAAUAUCGUUUGCAUUUUGUGCUUGUUCGGUAAGUGUUUCAUGUUACACUCAAUUAUUUUGUAAUGUAUUCGUAUGAUCGUAUUAUCGUCGAGUCACGCUUUAAAAGUUUACUUACUAAUUUUAAGCUGUGAUACGCUUGCGACGCAUACGGUGCCAUGUGAUAAUUACUAUUCAUAAGAUUUGCGUUAUUAUUUGCUGCUUCCGUAUUGUUUGUGAUUUAACUCGGCGAGUUCUAUUAACAGAAUGCUUUUAUUCUCUCUACAAAGAGAACCCGGAUUAGAAAGUCACGGAGGUGAAUGUUUAUGUAUCGUAGAUGUUGCCAUUGUUUCGUUUCAUCUGUAUGCUUUGUCUCUUUAACAGCGGAGUUACGAUAUUUGAGAUGAAUGUAUUUGAAUGGCAGAAUUGUGAUACUUUUCGAUUUAAUCGACGGAGUUUUAGGAGGCAGGGCUGUGUAUUGUAACUUUAGCGCUCUCGCCUGGAAUUUUUAAUCGAACUUUCUGAUCACUUCCUUGUAAUAAUUUUUCUACUUCUCCGUAUUUGAGAUUCGUACUGUGUACCCUUUCCUCUACAACACACUGUAGAUAUGUCUGAAAACAAUCUCAAUAGAUUUAGCGAUAUAUUUUCAUCGUAGCACAUUACAAAAAUGUUAGAGAGAGAUAUACAUAUUAGAUGUGAAGUUUAAUACUGUUUUACAUUUGAGAGUGUAUUUUGCUCGAGGUGCGCGGCCCCUUCGCACGAGCUACGCCAGUCGCUGCGUUCCUAGAAACGGCGAUUGGAGAGUAUUUUGUAUGUCGCACUUUUAAAGAGGAUCGGCCGUCUUCGAUGUAGGGUAAAGAAACCGUUGAAAGUAACAUCGUUCAAUCAAGGUGCGAUUAUGUUGCCACCAAAUACGAUUGAACGUAACAUUAUGUACGGAUCAUACUUGAUGUGUAAACGUACGUACCCAACUGACAAAACUCUAUGUGUGAUGUGUUUGGAAGUUGCGUAAUAAAUGCAUAUAAUUGUACACUAGGAAUCGCUGAUGCCUUCCCAUGUGAAUUUAGAAACAGGUAGAGCACACAUACAUUUUCCACGUAUGUAUAUGCAAAAUGUAUGAAUGUGUUGAUACGUGCAGAAAUUCAUGUGGAAAGGCGUCAGUGAUGCCUAGUGUACAAUCGAGGAAUGUGUGACUUCCCAUCUUACUCCUGUGGUGAUUUUCACAAAGAUUAAAUACCAAUCAAUAAAGUACAAUGAAAAAUCUGCAAUG